AUGUGCGGUCUGGAGACAAUCACGGUGGUAAUUGUGUCCCCCCCGGCCGCGGUCACCUUCUCCGGGCCCAUCAUGAGCAACUCCCCCCAGUACAGUGCCGUUGGCGUUGCAGGAGUCCCUGGGGUCGGGGAUGGCACUUUUGGUGGCCGUGGUGGCUAUGGCGGCCGUGGUGGCUAUGGAGGCUACGGAGGUUAUGGAGGCUAUGGUGGCUCCUGGGGCUACGGAGGCCUUGGUGGCUAUGGAGGUUAUGGAGGCCUUGGUGGCUACUGGGGCUAUGGAGGCCUUGGUGGCUAUGGAGGCUAUGGAGGCUUUGGUGGCUGUGGGGGCUAUGGAGGCUACGGAGGCUUCGGGGGCUACGGCCACGGGGGCUGGCGCCGAGGCCACCGCUACCUGAAUGGCAACUGUGGGCCCUGCUGAGCCCCACGCUGCUGCCAGCCACGGAUGAAGACCUCCAGAGAUGCCCCUGGCACGUCCCAGCUCGACCCCCCAAGGAAGGACCCCCUGCAGCACUGCCCUGCUCCAGGGGUCUGCUGCUCGCCUUGGGCCCAGCUCUGCCCUUCCCAUCUGCAUCUCAGCUUCCCUGCAAGACUUUGCCUCCCGAUGCUGGAGGCCUGUCCUGGUGCCUGCUGCCUUGGCACAGCUCCUGCUUGCUGUCCCUCUGCCUGCUGCCAGGACUUGUGACUUGCCCUUGGUCACAGCCCUGCUCUUCUCCUGCCCCCUGCUCCCCUGGAGCUGCAAUAAAAUCUCUCUUGCAUCUUA